AAGACCUUUGUGUUUUACUGCUGGUCAAAAGAAGUCGAGUAGAGCCUCGACUGACGUUUACGAGCUAUAAGCUCGAGCGCACCUGGUAUCGAGUGCAUUUGUUAUUAGUUCAAAAAAGGUCGAGAGUCGCGUGGGGGUUUAAUUGCGUUUUGCGGCAAAAUUCACAGUAAAACACACACACACACACGCAGAGAUGUUUUCGAAAAAAAUAAUCGAGUCCGGAUUAAGUGAUAGCGAUAAGAAAAUCGUGAUCGAUUUGCACAAUGAACUGCGACAGAAGGUGGCCAGGGGCGAAGAGAAAAGAGGCAGUCCUGGUCCCCAACCGCCGGCUAAGUUCAUGCCGAAUUUGGAAUGGGACGAUGAACUAGCGGCAGUUGCACAAAGGUGGGCAGAUAAAUGUAUCUGGGGACACGAUCGUGAGAGAAACGUAAAAAGAUUCACAGUUGGUCAAAAUAUCGCUUAUCUGUCCACCACCGGGGACAUAAAUAGUCUGAAAAUCGAAGAAAUGGUUUACAUGUGGUACGACGAAGUAGUUCAUUACAGUAAGGAUGACGUACUUAAAUUUCGCAACAAGGGAGCCAAUGGCCAGCCCAUUGGCCAUUACACUCAAAUGAUCUGGGCUAAGACAACGAAAAUGGGAUGCGGAGCCGUGAAGUACAGAGAUGGAAAUUACAACAAAUUUUAUAUCGUGUGCAAUUACGGACCCGGGGGCAAUUUCUUGGGUCAACCUCUUUACGAAACGCGCUGAGCUCUUCUUUUUUUCUUCAAAUUUUAUUUCCAUACGUCUGGCAUUGAGCGCCAUCGUAUAGUAUUGAUAUCGUUAUCCCCAGGUUGGAUUUACCCAACGGUUUCCGCCGCUUUACCAUGAAUUUAGAAAACAUUUAUUUUUUUUUUUGUUAAGAUAGUUCUAGUCGGAAAAAAAUAUUGCGAAAAUAUAAACAGGCUGAUAAGACGCGGGGCGCCGGGUUUACGCAAAGCAGCCAAAAAACGAACAAAUGUAACGCUUAUUCCAAUGCCUUUUAUUAACGCCAACGACAAGAUGGCACUGCAACGCACAUUUU